AAUGUGAUAACUUACCGUGCUUAUACCGGCGAAGACGACCUGCCACAUGUCAUGGCGCUCGUCCAAAGCGAGCUGAGUGAACCAUAUGUGAUCUACACUUUCAGAUAUUUCUUGUGUCAAUGGCCCCAUCUGGCAUUUCUUGCUUAUUCGCCCCAGUCCUCCAGUCCUGUUGGUGUGAUAGUCUGUAAGCAGAGCACGCAUCGAAAUAGUUAUAAUCGAGGCUAUAUUGCAAUGCUAAGUGUGGAUAAGGCUUUUAGGAAGAGAGGUAUCGCCAGUGCCCUUGUUCGGAGUUCAAUUGAAGCAAUGAAAGAGGAUGGUGUUGAAGAGAUCGUCCUGGAAACCGAGUACGACAAUGAUGCCGCGCUCUCGUUAUACGAAUCACUUGGCUUCAUUCGCGAGAAACGCUUAUACCGCUUUUACUUGAACGGCAAGGAUGCCUUUCGACUGGUUCUUUCCGUUCCGCCACCC